AUCACCGUAGCUGAGGCUGAUGCGAAGGAUCAAUCAUAACAUACCGCUGAAGUAGACACACAAGUCUAAAUACUACAAGGCAGGGGACAGACAUAAUUUAAUCCAGACAAUUUAAAAUAGAUCUCGACCCCUAGGUGAAGGUGGCACCUUUUGUGCAUCUGGGAAAAUAUAGAUACCCAGUAAACGGCAUCAAUAUCCAUCAUAAUGGCUACAAGUUCGGAGUUCCGUUUUGAUCGCAAAGGUGCCUAUGCCCUGUAUGUCCUCUUAAUUCUGUUGGUCACCUACCUAUUGAACCAGCUUGACCGUUAUGCUCUGGCCAUCUGUACACAACCCAUGGCCCAGGAGAUUGGUUAUGGUGAUUUUGGGUGUCUGGAACUAAAGAAUGUCUCCAAGGAAGAGAUAGGCAAGGAUGGCUGUCCAAAAAAUGCUACAAAAACACAGUGUAAUUCGUACCUUGGCCCCAACAAUACAGAAGUAUGUUAUUAUGAUAGGACUGGAGGUGGCUUUCAAUACCAGAUUUUAGCUGGACCUAUCUUCAUUGUUAUUUACACAUUCGCAGGUAUUGGACUGGGAUAUUUGGCUGAUAUUACCAAUCGUAAACUUCUUCUUGCUAUCUGCUUGGCCUUCUGGAGUCUGAUGACGCUUCUUACUGGGUUUGCUACAGAAUACUGGCAUCUCGUCAUUCUAAGAUUCGGACUGGGAUUUGGAGAAGCCGGCUGUACACCGUUCGCUUCCAGUCUUAUUGCUGAUUAUUUUGUAGCGAGUGUCCGUGGGUUAGCACUCGGUGGAUACAAUAUUGGUAUCUAUGCCGGUUACAGCUUGUCCUAUGCUCUUGGGGAUUUUAUAACGGCAGCAAACAUAAAUGGACAGGGUUGGCGUUGGGUGUUCUGGAUAGCCGGUAUACCUGGAUUCCUGGUAGCGGCCCUUCUAGCCUUCACCGUCAAAGAGCCAGUGAGAACGAGAAAUGCAACGCUGCAGGAGAGGUCAGAGUCUUAUGAGGUCACAGGUCUGCAGAAGUUAAAGAUGGUGAUGGCCUGCUUCUGUAGUCCCUCCCUACUGAUCCUGUGUCUUGCUGGUUCCAUUAGGAAUGGAGCUGGCUAUGUGUGGGGUUACAAUACCCAGCUUUACUUUACAACCUAUUACCCAGACAUCAGCACAGGACAGUGGCUAUCAUGGAUCCCGCUGGUAGGGGGCAGCAUUGCGGUGGUCUUCGGAGGAUUUAUAUCCGACAGAGUGGUCAAAUGGGGACCGUACGCCAGGAUAUGGGUCUUGAUCGCAAGUCUGACAUUAGCUGCUCCUUUUGCCGCUGGAACCCUAUUUUUCAAGCCACCAUGGGCGUUUGUUUGUCAAAUACCUACUUACAUCAUUGGAGAAAUGUGGGUCAGCGUGACGCUAGCUGUCGUGAUAGAACUGGUCCCGUCAAACAUCAGAACGACGGCCAUCGCUUACUACUUCUUCAUCAUCAGUAACAUUGGGGGUAACAUGCCCCUCUUGGUACCCCCUAUUGAACAGGUUACCAGCCUCCGCACAGCCUUGUACAUACUCUACCCAGGCUGCUAUCUGUUGGCGGCUGUCAUAUUUGCUGUCUGUAUGCUCGUCGUGAAGAGGGAUAUUCGACGCAAGCAAGAACUGGACGUUCCAGAUUCCAGCCCACUCCUCGCAGAGGAUGUAACGAAUACGAUAGAUAACGAUACAAAGAUGGAUUGAUAGGUGUAUGUAUGUACAGUGGUAAGAAAAAUGUUUAUUUUAUCUUUGCUGCUAGCACAACUCGCGUAUGUUCAUGUUGUUUGUACAUACGAGUAGGGAAGUACUACUAGUUCAACUUUCGUGCUAUUCUGUACUAUUUCAUUUAAGUCUAAAUUUUCUAUGGAUGUUCACAGGCGUUGUACUGAAGUUAACUUGCACAAACUUGUAUCUGUUUGUUAUUGAGAAUCAGGGUGUUUGUUACAGGGCAGAAUGCUGUAUCUAAUUGCUCAAACAUAAAAUUAAGUACAAAACAUUUGAUAAAGCAAUGAAGCAAAAAAAAAAGCUACAAAAAUUUCAAUAUUAUCAUCAUAUCCUCCAGCAUUUUAGGAACACGCAAUCGUAAUCAUUAAACCAUUUCGAGGAACUUGCUGCAAAAGUAGGGGAUAUUAUUGGGCAUCAGGAAUGGUCCAGACAGGCAACGAAAAAUUGAUUUCUUAGUUUCUGGGGGCUACUUUUUCACAACCCAUUUUCUAAACUACGACAUUGGUUAAGCUUUAACAAUGCAGUGAUUGUGGAUAUUCCAGGGCUGUUUUUAGCAUUUGUAGGGUUAACUCUUCAUGUGUUCACCUGUAAACCCCCUGUAUGUUGCAUUAUUUUAGGGUCUCAUUCACAUUCGUGCCAUGAGUCACAGACUCCUA